AUGGAUCAGCUGUCAGAAUGGGCGAUUCAGGCCAAGAACGCGUUAUCGCAGGCACAACAGUACUGUGAAGCCGCGCACAGAAUUGACGAGGAAGCAAUGAACAUGCUACAGCACUAUCAGAAACAGCAUGAGCGUCUAAAAGAGCUUUCAAAGUUGACAGCUUCCCAAUGUUCGCGAUUGGACGCCUCCACGGCACUUAUCCAACAAUUGCUCAGUUUGGUUCAGAAACAUCCUACAUUCAACCAGCUAAGUCAGUUGCACGAACAAUUGGAGGCUGCGCUAAAACGGUUACGUGAGACAUCUGUUGAUCUAGCCUUUGGCUGCAAUCAUGACAAUCUGUACGCGUUUGUUGACGACACUGCUCUAGAGGACUUAAAGACACGUCUGCGUUGCGUUACCGACAGCGUUUGGAAUGCCUAUGAACGUUUAGUGGGCUUACUGGACGAAGGCCUUUGCUCUCAGUACCGUACACGCCUACUUAACACUAACUUGGAGUUUGCGGUUCCUACUAACAAUUCCGUAGCCGAGGAACUAGCCGAUUUGCUCUUUCAAGUAGCUCAACAUUAUGAACAGUGCACGAAGGCGGUUGAAAUUUAUUCGACGUUGGAUGAAGCAGCUUCCCGUGAACUUGUUGAAGUCUUACGUGAGGAUAGUGAACACCUUCCUGUGGUCCUCGCCCAACUCAAAUCUGGUCUAGAUAGCACUCGGGCAUUUCAACAGUCUGUGAACGAUUAUAGCUCGAAUAUUCAGGCUGCAUCUGUUCAAUUAGAACCAUUGGCUGAAGAACUGAAUAAAAACGAGCUUACGAACCAACGCCAUGAGGCUGCCCAUGAACUAAUUAAAGCACAAACCGGGAUCGAAAUUCCCCAGCUUGCACAGGAGCUAAUCCAGUUGCGCAACCAUUACACCCAGUUCGCCAAGACUUACAACUCAUUGUUGGAUGAGGUCCGAAGGCGUAGAGCAUAUGAAACACGGAUGCGCGGUCUUGUGCGGGACUUUGUCACGAAACUGGAAAAGGAACAAAGCGGCGAGUCUGAGGCUCGUGUUGCUUUCCUUAAUCGUCAUGGCGAUUUUCUGCCUCAAACUCUUUGGCCCGCUGUUACAGAUCCUCCUCUCCAUUUUGAGAUUACCGAACAUCAAUAUUCGGAAUUGCCUGAUAUUGAAGAUCGGUCUACAAAACACUAA